AUGGCGGCAGAGAGCUCCGGCAGCCUUGGAGCGGGUCUAGCAAGCAAGCAAAUACCAGCAGCCCAAGAUUCAGGGUAUGAUGAGGCGCUGGUGUCAUUGUUUGGCAGCAUCAACGCAGGGGUUGAAGCUCCACAAGGAGGGGCCACUAGCGAUGCCUCUGCGCCGCCAAAGCUGCCUCUCUCCUCGCAGAUCAGCCUAUUGUCGGCACACAUCGAUGCGUUGGAAAGCUCAAUGUUAGACUCAGUCAGGAGCGACGCAGCUAGGUCACAGAUUGAAAUGCACAUCAAGCAAGCUCGCAAGCUCGAUACCAGGAUGACCACCGCCCAAUGCUGCCUCAAGAAUCUUCAUGAGCAGAGACCAGGGAAUUAUGAGAUCGACGCGAGGGUCACGAACGUUUUUUCGACAGCCAGACGCGAGCAUCUUGAGGCGCAAGCUGCACACGUCGUCGCCCGCAAGCUUCUCUUGGCUGUUCGUGCGCUUGAGAAUCUGGAAGAUCUUGUACAGAGAGGGUGUAUGGAGGCACAAACCUUGAUUGGUGCGUUGGAUGCGGCGAACGCCACCGCUGCUCACUUUGGCAUCGACUUCGAUGGUCACCGGCAGAUGUUCGAAGAAGAUGUCAGGGCCCAAAAAAGCGAUGUGUCUUCGUCAGAAAACUUGACCUGGGGUUUCAGAGGAAACGCAGCGCCAUCUCUGUCCCUCAGGGAGCUGACGGGCCGGCUGGAACAGGCAAGAGAGUCGAUCAAAGAUCAAAUAGACGAGGUCUGGAGAAAGUCCGUCCACGUCGAUUGCAGCGAUGGUGCUAAGAGGGUGACAAUUGCAAUUGACGUUGCAAAUGCGCAAGGCAAGACAGUCCCGUUGGCUGUUCUAUGCAAAUUGCUCGAGUCUCGAUCGGAGCUUGAGCCUCGACUCGUUAGGUUAUCAGCACUGCUCCUCGAAAAGGUCGUGGGACCGAUGCUCGAGCCUGUCAGGGGAUCAACAUCGACCUUCCACGGCACAUUGAAUCAGCACGGCUACCUUUCGAGCGGCAUUCCUGACGAAGAAGAGAACGGGCACGAGGAGGAAGACGCUCUUUAUCAUGCGUCGAGGCUUGUCAGAUGGGCCGACAAUGUCCAAUCCCGCUUCAUAAAGCUCAUAGCCGACGAUGUGCGAUCAACAGCAAGAAGUCUACUCGUAAGCGAGGACAACCGCGGUGGGGGAUGGGAGGCUAGUCAAGUGGAAAUUGAAGCCGAGGUAGAUCUUCCUCUGGCUACGGCUCUCGAGCAGCAACGGCCAGCACAGCGAGAGUUUGAGGGCGAAGAAGCCGAAAUCGAAGGCAUGAUUGACACUGACAGCACUUGGAAGUGGGAGGAUAGAGGCGAAAGGCCAAUAGCUUCGAGUCCCGCAUCCGAAUCUCCGUGGACUCCAUCUCCAACGACACAUGCCUCGACGCAGCCGUCGUCAUUGAAGAAGGGUAAAGGCAAGCUUGGUGGGGUGCGAGUCGUCAAGCCACAGGACCAGCUCGGCAGUGGUCCUCUGCCACACGAAGAGGAGGCAGCGGACGACGCCAUGUGGGGCUUUGACGAUGAAGCAAUGCCAUCAACGACUAAUGUUCAAGGCUCUCCUGCGCUUCAACCUUCAACCGGCUUGAAGCUCACCACUGCGAUGCCAGCUCCAAAUGACGAUGAUGUUGCGUGGUUUGCAGAAGAGGAUGAAGAACCUGCACCGCUCGAGGCGUCCCCAUCUAUCCCCGUUGCGUACACUGACAAUAUUGCGGCAUCGACACCAGACGCCUCUGCUGCUGCACACAUCACCGCUAGACCGAGCUCAAGUAAAGGUGAUUGGCGCGACGAGGAAGACGAAUACGGGGAGGAGGACGUUGACGAAGACGCCUGGGGACUAAGCGCCGAGGAAAAACAAGAGCGUGCAGCCAAGAGAGCCAGUAGAAUCGUAUCGAUUCCACCACCACCAGUUGCUGCUGUUGAAGUUUCUUUCGUCGACAAAAGCAGUGCGCUGUCAGAGGUGCAACCGGAACAGCAAGGCGGCUCAACUGUGGACCACUCAGACUCAGAAGAAGAGCCAAGAGUUGUGGCAGCCGAAUAUUGGAAGAAUGAUGACCGCACUACCAAGGAACCCGCGACAGUGCAAAAAGCAUUUCAGGACCAAACAAUGGCCUCUGUAGAGGAGGUGCAAAACUUGCAUAAUCCGCGCCCUGAGCCCAAGACACACGACGAUCUACUCUCGCUGCCUCGAGAAGGCGACAUCGUCGACCGUACUCGAUCGACACCAACAUUUGCGUCAGCAAUGCCGAUAGGAACCUCGUUGGGCAGUCAUGCACCUAUUGCCGACGUCGCCACAUUGGCAGAGGAUUUUGACGAGGAAGAUGAGUUUGAUGCGUGGGGGCUGUCGCUUGAGGAGCAAGCUGCUUUGCAAGCAAAACGAGCGAGCAUGAUAGGUAAAUUUGCGGGCUUGUCCAACGAAGACGUCGCCAUCGACAAUGCCUCGUCAGAGAAGUUCGUCGCGGCUACAUCAGCGGCCUCGGGCGCAAGAUCAAACCCAAAAGAACAAAUAUUGCAACAUAUGGAAGAUAUCAGUGCUGGAACGCCGAGCGCGACUCUAGUUCCUGCACCGGAACUGUCACAGGAUUCGCCGACUGCCGCCGCCUUGAACGUAGGCCCCAAUGAUGAUCAAACCCCAGAUAAAAAUCAGCAGCAGCAGUAUCAGGAGCGAUUAGAGGCCGUCAGCAAGACCAGUGUAAGGCCGGAGGCGGCGUCUACAACAGCUAGCACAACGGCAAUCUCAUCCUCGUCUCCAGAGACAAACGAUCAGGAAGGGACGCCCUCCGAUCCGUCGGGCGGCGUGGAUACCCAGUCGAUUCCCACGUCGCUAACUGCCACUUUCAACGGUGGUAAUGAUGGCGAUGGCGUUGGCAAAGAUCCGCUUCUCAAGGAGGACUGCUCUACUGACCUUGUCACGCCCGCUUUAACUUUGACAAACGCUCCUCAGCAGAAGGAUGAUCGCGGCGAUAGCGAUUCGCCACACGUGGCCCCGGGGGAAGAGUGGUCCUGGAAAGACGAUGAGGACGAUAGAGUGGCAGCAUCAACAUCUUUGCUACCCCUAUCGAAUGCACCAGCCCCGUUGGUUCCCAGGAGCAGGUCAGGUGACGGCCCCAUUUCAAUUGCCGCUGCUUCGACGAAGGCAGCAAGAGAGAGCACAAGGUCGCCAUUGGGCAAAUCAAAGUCCCCUCGGGGAAACGGAGAGAUGACAGCAUCUCCCAAGCUUCGAGAGGCCACGCUUCGAUCCACUUCGCUUUCUUCCUCGUCUCCGCCUCCGACUGUGUCAAAAGGUGCACGUAAAGACGAUAACCUCCCUUCGUCAGGCCGACCGUCCUCGGUCGAUGCCCCCAAGAAGCCUUUCAGUGCGACUUCCCCUCGGCCUGCGACUCCUCAGCAGCCGCACAUAAAGACCGAGUUGUGCACCAUCUCCCGAAGAUCCCUUGAUCUUAUUCGCCUUUGCAACCGGCUGCUCGAAGACUUUCUCCAGCUUUCAUCAGAGGAACCGGACUUGGACGCAACUCCGCUCAUACUGCCAUUAACCGACAUUAUCGACCUUCAUCGUGCCCUCAUGCCAGUGUCGCACGCGGAUACGCUGACUAAUGUUCCUUCGUUGGCCAUGCAAUUCGCGAAUGAUUGCUUGUACAUUGCAAAGGAGCUCGCCAAGAUACGCCAACGAUUGGGGUUGCAAAGUAAUCGCUUUCAGAAGCUGGUCGAUUUGGAAAGGCAAGAAAAGCUAACGAUGCUUGUGGGCCGGAGAAGCUUUGAUGCCCAAAUGCUAAUCCAAGAGAAGGCCCUCAAGGACUGCCUUUUGGAUGCUCAGGGCUUCACACGAACUCACGAAAAGGACCGCUUUGCGGCCUGUCAACGAUGCAUCAAGCAGGUUCUCUUUACCCUGCAGCAGCUUUCAAAGGCAUGGAAGGGCAUUCUGGCGCCUUCAACCUACCUUGCCGCUAUGGGAAACCUGGUCGAUGGGCUUCUUUCACAGGUGUUGCACGCCAUCAUAGGUCUCGACGAUAUUUCCGAAGAAGAAAGUGAGAAGCUGGCCGAGCUCGUCAGGUCCUUGGGCGCCGUCGAGGGCCUUUUCAAAGAGGAAGAAGGAUCACAAGGGGCUCAAACGGUCGUAGCAAUCUUUGUGCCAAGCUGGUUCAAAGCUUCGUACCUUGGAGAGAUCCUUACAGGCUCCCUUAUUGACAUCGAGUUUUUGUACUUCGAGGCCGACGCACUUGUCGACUAUGGGAAGGGGGAGAUCGUCAAGCUCAUCAAGAGUCUAUUUGCGGAUACUCCGAAGAGGAAAAGGCUCAUUGACAAGAUCGAGACGUCGCAUUGA